GCGGCGGCAGCGGGGGCAUGCGCGGCGCCCUGUCCCGCUCCUGGAGCCUGGAGAGCCUGCGCUCGGCCACCGCCGCCAUGCCCGAUGGAGUCCUGGACACAGUUGUCCGCGCUGAUGAGGCGGGGAGCGAGGAGGACCUGUAUGAGGACCUGCACGGUUCCAGCCACCACUACAGCCACCCUGGAGGGGGCGGUGAGCAGCUGGCCAUCAAUGAGCUCAUCAGCGAUGGCAGUGUGGUCUGUGCCGAAGCGCUCUGGGACCAUGUCACCAUGGACGACCAGGAACUGGGCUUCAAAGCUGGGGACGUCAUCGAAGUGAUGGAUGCCACCAACAGGGAGUGGUGGUGGGGCCGUGUCGCCGACGGCGAGGGCUGGUUUCCGGCCAGCUUCGUGCGGCUGCGGGUGAACCAGGACGAGCCUGCAGACGACGAGGCCCCGCAGGCUGGGAGCGGUGGGGCCGAGGACGGCGGGGCCGAGGCGCAGAGCAGCAAGGAUCAGAUGCGGACCAACGUUAUCAAUGAGAUCCUCAGCACCGAGCGGGACUACAUCAAGCACCUGCGGGACAUCUGCGAGGGCUACAUCAGACAGUGCCGCAAGCGUGCCGACAUGUUCAGCGAGGAGCAGCUGCGCACCAUCUUUGGCAACAUCGAGGACAUCUACCGGUGCCAGAAGGCGUUCGUGAAGGCUCUGGAGCAGAAGUUCAACAGGGAGCGGCCGCACCUCAGCGAGCUGGGCGCCUGCUUCCUGGAGCACCAAGCUGACUUCCAGAUCUACUCAGAGUAUUGCAAUAACCACCCCAACGCCUGCGUAGAGCUCUCCCGGCUCACCAAGCUCAGCAAGUACGUGUACUUCUUCGAGGCCUGCCGGCUGCUGCAAAAGAUGAUUGACAUUUCCCUGGACGGCUUCCUGCUGACCCCAGUGCAGAAGAUCUGCAAGUACCCUCUGCAGCUGGCCGAGCUACUCAAAUACACACACCCCCAGCACAGGGAUUUCAAGGAUGUCGAAGCUGCCUUGCACGCCAUGAAGAACGUGGCCCAGCUCAUUAAUGAACGGAAACGGAGACUCGAAAACAUUGACAAGAUUGCUCAGUGGCAGAGCUCCAUAGAGGACUGGGAGGGGGAAGAUCUCUUGGUCAGGAGCUCGGAACUCAUCUAUUCAGGGGAGCUGACUCGCGUCACACAGCCUCAAGCCAAGAGCCAGCAGAGGAUGUUUUUUCUCUUUGACCACCAGCUCAUCUACUGUAAGAAGGACCUGCUGCGCCGGGACGUGCUAUACUACAAGGGCCGGCUGGACAUGGACAGCCUGGAGGUGGUAGACCUGGAUGAUGGGAAGGAUCGAGACCUCCACGUGAGCAUCAAGAACGCCUUUCGUCUGCGCUGUGGCACCUCGGGGGACAGCCACCUACUAUGUGCCAGGAAGCCUGAGCAGAAGCAGCGCUGGCUCAAGGCCUUUGCUAGAGAGAGGGAGCAGGUGCGGCUGGACCAUGAGACAGGCUUCUCCAUCACCGAGCUGCAGAGGAAGCAGGCCAUGCUGAAUGCUAGCAAGCAGCAGGCCACAGGGAAGCCCAAAGCUAUUGGACGGCCUGGCUACCUGAUGCGCCAGAAACACCCGGCACUGCCUGCCAGCCGGGCCCAGCAGCAGGUCUUGGUGCUGGCAGAGCCCAGGCGGAAGCCAUCCACCUUCUGGCACAGCAUUAGUCGGCUGGCUCCCUUCCGCAAGUGACCAGCGCUCACCCGACAGAACUUUGUGGACCUGCUCAUCCAUGGCUCCCGGCUUUUCCUCUUCAAGGCCCAGUCCAUCUGGCCCUCUGCCUAUUGUGCAAACUGCAGGGCUGAGUGUGGGAGUCACCAGGAUGCACCAGGUCUGUGCUACUGUCCUGGCGCAGAGACCAGCUGGGAAGACACAGGCCCUCGCACGUGCAAUCUCCUCCUGCAGCCUGGGCUCCCCCACCCGCCAUCCUCCACCGCCCCAGAGCCUGGGAACCAGAGCUCAGAACCACCACUCAGGCCGGCACGCAGGCUGCUUUGGACCUCCUUUGGAAGUCUGAUCAUCGCCCCUCUUGCCACUUCUGGGCUGCAGAGAUCAACACUGGCCUCUGGCUCCCUGCAAAGCUGGGCCUAGUGCCCCUCUCAUUUUGGGCCCCCAUCCCCGAGAGGCAGCUUGCAUCCUCAGAGGGCGGGAACCAAGAACUCUGUGCCCAGAUGUCCAGCCCAGAGCCACCCUUUGGCCUCCCAGCCCCUUAGGCACCGCUGGCUGCUGGACACCCUCUUCACUUGUGAUGUGUGCGUCUGUAGUGGGAAGAACAAAACCAUACAGUCAGCUGUGUCCUUUGGCCCAGGUCUGUGACUGGUCAACCUGUAGCUGUGGGCUAGCUCCAGAUCCACCUGGGCCCUGUUUCUUGUUUGGAUUUUGUCUUGUUUUUCUAACAAUGGAGAAAAAAAUCAUUGUCGUUAGUGACACAGAAAGAUUGCCUUACCCUAGUGAGCGUGAGAAGCCAUAAGAACUGAAUUCUGUGGCCCAGCAUCCAGGACUGACCUCCAGGCGCACGUAUCUUGCUGCGCAGGAGGUGCAGCCCGGGCCUGGCAUGCUGGAGUGGAACCCACAGGACUCAGCAGCAUGGACAGUCACUCUUGCACUAUUCUUUCUCCAAGCCAGAAACCACAUUUAAUUUCAUAAAGAAACCUGUGAAAAGUCACCUGGGCUGCCAGCCGUUGUCUUCUGUCCUUGUCUGUGCGCUUUCCCUUCCACACACCCAGCCUUCCUGCGCCGGUUACCCCGUCUCUACCCCAGGCCUUUCCCUGAGAGGAGGGAGGCGGGGUGAGCCUCUCAGGGCCCUGGCGGAGGCCGGAUCAGGUGCCGGGCUCACGAUCAGAGGGCCAGGGGAGCUGGGAGGAUGGGCCAUGGAAGACCAACGAGUGGGGUCAGGUGCCAUCCAGAUGGACACAGCUGCCCCAGGCCUAGAAGUCUGCUUCAUCCCUGUCUGCUCCUUAGUGUUUAGCUGGAUGGGAAAUAUAAGUGUGGGGGACACCAUCAGUACUUCUGACCCUGAGUAUCCUCUUCAGGGAAACAGGGAAGAAUCUCUAUUCCUAGGAGAUUCCCUAGCCACAGGCCCAGAAGAGGAGCCUGAGGCUGCUUCCUCUGCCACACUCCAGCACUGGCAAUCCCUGGCAACCUCCUAACUUGAAAGAAGCUACACCACCUCCCAAUCAGCAGAAACCCAUGGAGAAAAGUCAGGACAACCAGAAUAUGCAACACAAGUCAAUCUUUAUUGAAAACUGCAGUAUUAAUACAUAACAAUUCUUGUUACAAUAAACGUGCUUUUAAGAAUUUUAAA